AUGCAGCCGACCCUCACUCUCCUGGCCCUCGUCGCCGGAGUUUCCGCCGCGCCAAUAAAGGGCUUCGAACGCGCAACGAUCCAAGAUGAAUACGACUUCAUCAUUGCAGGAGGCGGCACCGCCGGCCUCGUCCUCGCAAACCGCCUCUCCGAGUCCGGGAAACAGCGGGUCCUUGUCCUCGAAGCGGGGCCGAAUCCCGAGGUCGUCUCGGCCUACAAGCCGCCCGGCGGCAACCAGUUUCUCGGCGGGACCGCCAUCGACUGGUCAUUUUACACCACACCGCAAGAGCACCUCGACAAUCGCAUCCUCCGCUACCACCGCGGCCGAUGCCUCGGCGGCAGCAGCGUGACCAACGGCUUCUACUACGGCCGCGGCAGCGCGUCCGUGUACGACGACUGGGUACGGGUCGGAAACCCGGGUUGGGGAUGGGACGACGUGUAUCCUCUGUUUGUCAAGGGCACACACUUUAACCCCCCAACCGACCACGAAAUCAGAGGCUUCGACGUCUCCUACAAAACCCACGACCCCGCAGCCUACGCAGACGGGCCCCUCCAGCUCGGCUACCAAGGCUACGUCCCGCCCUCGGGCGUGGGCUUCAUCGAGGCCGCCUCCGAGACCCUGCGGAUCCCCAUCGUCGAGGACCACAACACGGGCAACAGCACGGGCGUGAAGCAGGGGACGGGCCACCUCGACGCCGGCUUCCUGCGCAGCUCCAGCUACGAUAGCUAUCUGAGGCAGGCCGAGGGGCGGGGCAACCUCGAUGUGCUGCACUUUGCCCCCGUGUGGAAGAUCAACUUUGACAAAGGGGAGGGGGAGGAGGAGGAGAAGAGGCCGAGGGCUGUCGGGGUCGCGUUCAUGGACCAUCCUACUGGUAUCGUACAUGAGGUUAGGGCGAAGAAGGAAGUUAUCGUCAGCGCGGGGGCGUUUAACUCGCCUCAGCUCUUGAUGGUUUCUGGAGUCGGCCCCUCCUCCCAGCUCAACGAAUUCGGCAUCGAACCAGUCCACAUCAACGAGAACAUCGGCCAGCACCUCAACGACCACUCCAUCUUUAGCAUAAUGGCCCUCUCGACCCCAGCCUUCUCAACAACAGACAUGGCAGCAACCUACCAAGCCCUCCGCGCCGCCCAAGACGAGUUCUACACCAACAGCACGGGACAGUACACCGCGCCCUCGGGCAUCACAAACGCCUUCCAGAAGCUCUCCGAACAAGAGCUGCACGCCAUCGGCGCGGGCGACGUCGUCGCCGCGGGACUGGCGAACCAGUCGCACGUCGAGUACCUCUUUGAGAGCGUCUUCUACCCCAGCGGGCCGACGCCGUAUUACACGCCUCGCGGCAACGAGACGUACAUUUCCCUCACGGCGUCGAGCAUGGUGGCGCUUUCGAGGGGAAAUGUGACGCUCAGGUCGAAUUCCAUGGCGGAGACGCCGCGGAUCAAUCCGAAUUACUACGCCCACGCAGCCGACCGCAAAAUCGCCCUCGCCUCCUUCAAAUACCUCCGCAAGAUCCUCGCCCACCCGCGCAUGGCAGAGUACACAGUCGGCCCCAACCACGGCGAAGUCUCCCCCGGCACCGACGUGUCCGAAGACGACGAGGACGCCGUGCUAGCCUACGUUCGCGCCAACACGAUCCCCAACUGGCACGCUUCCGGCACGAACCAGAUGCUGCCGGAAGACGAGGGCGGCGUCGUGGACCCGAGGCUUCGCGUGUACGGUGUCGACGGGCUGCGGAUCGUGGACUGCAGCAUCAUCCCCAUCUUGCCCGAUGUCAAUAUCGUGGCGUCGGUGUUCAUGAUUGGGGAGAAAGGGGCUGAGCUGAUUAGGGAGGAUUGGGGUGAUUUGUAA